UGUGCUUCUUGACGCUAAUUGCAGCCAAAGAAGAAGAGAGUUUGUCGAUAAUACAACAAAGCUAGGUUACAGUUGCUAUGAGCCUUCAGUUCAAAGACACCGAUGUGGCUGAUACAGUCGAGAAACUUAAGCGGAAAUAUUUGGAAAGGAGGAAACAGUUGCCACCGUCUGAAGGCAUUACUUCAGGAACCAGAGAUGAGGCAGCCAGGAGAUCCACGCAGCCAAGGAAAGAGCUUAAAUGUUACAGCAAAGCUUUAGAUGAGUUGUUCACAGCAGUUGCCAGCCACCCUGACCAGUUUGGCAGUGAUCUAUAUGAGGACCUGAGUGGGGACUUUACAGCGGCCCCUCUUCAGGACUCUCAGCUGCUGUUUACAGAAACAGAUGUGACCUUGCCUUCCUGUCUGGAUGGUAGCCCUGGGUCCCCAGAAAGUGAGACCGAUGGGAAGGUGCAGAGAGCUUGCCAACUCCCUGACUCGUGCCGUUCCUCUUCUUUAGUACUAGCAUCGGUGUACCAGGAGAUGAUGACCAUCUACGAACAACUAAGGGCAGAGCGACAGAGCCAGCAGCAGUGGGAGAAGGAGCUGCAGGAGCGAGAGAGGAGGCUGAAGCAACAGGAGGAUGCCUUUGGGAGGCUGGCCGGGCUUGAGGAGAUGCUACGCACUCGGAUAAUAGCUGUAGAAGAGAAACACCAGCAAGAGGUGAGCCAACUGCAGGAUCUUCUUCGAGAGAGGAGCAAGGAAAACAGGAGGCUCAAGUCCAGCUUCGACACAAUCAAGGAGCUGAAUGACAACAUGAAGAAACAGUUGAAUGAGAUCAGUGAACAGAAUAAGAAGUUAGAGAGCCAGUCAAAGAGGAUGCAGGCCCGACUUGAGAACCUGCAGAGGAAAUACGAGCACAGCGUAGCAUCAAGAGGCUGUCAGAAAAUGAGCGUUAAGAGCACUGAGUGUGUCAAACCAUCCAAAAAGGAGAAAGCUGCUGCCUCUGGAAAACCCACCAACAAGGGCAGUCCCACCUCACUAAAGCUCCUGGCCCUUCUCCUGGACUGGGUACUUGAUAGACCUACAUUCUCCUCAGUUGCAGGAAACAAAGGGAAAGGCGUCAGCCAUUGUCUGCCUCCAGAGGUCUUACUCAACGAGAGAUGCCUUAAGGUGCUGCCGUUAUUAGCAGAUCAGCUUCAUCACAAUCCCUUGUCAGAACCUGAACUCCUCCUCAACCUUCUUCGCCUCAUCCACUGGGCUUUGAGACACAUGGACAGCAGUACACAGCAUGUAGCACUAUCUGCCACGGUGCGGCGGAUAGGAGAGGAAGUAUCAAGGCUCCCAGCCCAGUCAACAGUGGCUCAGUCUGAAGAUCAAGACCUGCCAAAGUUCUGCAGUGGGGAGGCAAGUGGACCCUACAGGAGCUGGCCUACUUACCGAAGCCCCUGUCCUCACACACGCAUCCUCUCCACCCUCAUCAUCCUCCGCACUGUCACACAAGCUGACGUGCUGGCCCAGGCUCUGGACAGUCUUCACACCGAGCUGACGUCUGAGGAGAGCCGAGGCCUGUUCAUCCACUAUGGAGGAGUGUGUGCACUACUGUCGGUGCUUCGGGCUGGGCGUGGAGGUCUGCACACACCUGUAGAUAUCCUGAUGCAGCUAACUGAACAAUCCCGCUACUUAAAUCCAUUCCUGGAGGCGUGUAGCUGUGAGGAGUUUUUCCGUGCGGCCUCCCAGCUUCUUAAAAACCCUCGCCUGGAGCUCCCGUUGCUGGAGAAGCUCUCCAUCCUACUCCAGAAGCUCUCCAGCAUCAGGAAGAACCGUCGUCUGUUUGAACUUUCCUCCCUCCACCUCCAGAUCCAGGAACUUAAUCACAAAACCAACCCCACACACACCUUCCUGUGCCUCAACCUCAGGUCCAUCCUUCAGAACCUUAAAUAACACACUCACUCACAUGUGUUUCUCUGCCACAUGCUGGAUCCAAAGUCAAACUUCCCUGUUAGGAUAAGAUGACUUGCCUUGUAUUUCAGUACUCUAGCACGUUGGUUGGACCGUUCUCAGACUGUAAUUACCAUAUUUCCAACUGUACAGUACUUCAAGGCUCCAUCCUGCUUUACCUCAAAUAACAUAUGCAGACGCACAUUCCUUAUUUAUUUAGUUAUAUGUUUUUGAAGUUCUUUUGAAGCUCUUGUCUGUCAGAAGUACUUUUUUGUUUUACUGUUGUGUAUGUUUUGUGACCCGUCUGUUUUUAUGUUCCCCAAUGUUAAUCUGAUGUCUUGUCUUCUGUUCUUUCUGUGAUGGGCCCCCGCCCCUUUUUUCUCUUUUUUUUUUUUUUUCUGUUUCUAAAUGAGUGUCAUGCUUGCCAAGUGGCCUUAAUGGCUGUCUGAUGUGCUCAGAGGAAGAGAGGCUGUGACUGUGAAGCUUUUUAAUGACAAUAAACAAAAAGAACUGAAGGAAAUUGAGAUAGGACUGCAUAUGAAAUGCUGAAAUCCAUAUGUUUUGUAUAAACGUGUCUUAUUUGUUUGUUCCAGAGCAUGGGUGGGUUGAUGGGAGUAAUGGUCUCAGUAUGGGACACACUGGUGGUGUUGGUUGAUGGAGGAGAUUGGACGGACUGGAACAAUUACAGUCGAUAUUUAAAACGUACUCAUUGAAAACCACUCGGAAGUGCUUGGCUGGUCUGAAUUUGAAAGGGGUGCAUCCAGUUUUUUAAGGCCCCUACAGCGUCCGAAUUCCUAAAUUGACUGCAUGUUAGUUAUUGUGCGAAGCAGUGUUCAGACCAGGGUACGAAGACAAGACAAGUUUGUCCUAUGUGUCCUUGGAUCACAUAUUUAUUGUAGAAUACAGUUCACUUGUGCACUGGAUGUCGGAUUAGAACAACUUUAAUAACAGGAUCAUCUCUCUUUUUCUAGAGGGUUCUGAAUAGUCAUUACAUAUAUCCAACUACUGGUUAGUGCAUACCAAAGAAAGGAAAAAAAACAAAACAAACUAUCGCCAUGAAACUCUUUCCCUCUCUCCCUAUCUGGAGUCUGUGUUUGGCUCCCCCGUGGAUAAAAACAGCUCAUUUUAAGAUAACGGAAAAAGAUUCUUAUUUUAAGGUGAUUAUACAGUCAUGAAAACACACCAAUGAAUAUUAUAUUCCAUUAAUACCAAUAGAUCCUUAAAUGUUACACACUUAAUAGAAUUCUCUGUCACCGACUCUUGUAGAGACAACGGAUAACGAAACAAAAAGGCAGCGCUUUCUAUGAUUUUAGUUCGUAGCAUUCUACUCAGUUAAAGUAUGCAUUAAUCUUUAUCAGAUAUUCUGAUUCCUCAAUCAGUUAUUACAUUUCUUGAUAAAUCAAUGAAUAGCUUGGCUUAUAAAAUGUUAGAAAAUAGUGAAAAAAAUUAGCAUUCAAUCAAAAAAGGUUUUUAUGUUUUUUUUACUUGAGAGAACAGUGUGACAGUGAACCUGAAGGCUUUAAACCACCUGCUGAAGAAAACAUUCAAGAACAAAUAUGUUUGAAAUUAAAUGUCCUGCCAAAAUAAACACAACCUGUUUUAGA